CAUCAGCAGCGCUGCAGCUUCAUCAGACACUCUCAGACCCAGUGCUGUGAACAACACCAGAAAAAACACCACCAGCCAGAUAUUUGCUGCAUUUGACAAACAGCGUCUUGGAUUAGAAUGGCUUUCAUCAAAGGAUUAUUUGGAUACGGAGAACAGUGGAGGAACGUACCAUGGGGUGACAAACAGAGAGAACUUCAGUAUGUGAAUCAAUAUCAGCCUCAUAAAGAGGUCCAACAUCUCAGAGUUCUGCUGCAUGGACCACCAUGUGCUGGAAAGUCCAGCUUCAUCAACUCUGUUGACGCUGCGUUACGAGGGAGGAUGUCAACUCGAGCUCUGGCAGAAACAAACUCCUCUGAGAGCUUCACCAAAAGAUACAGGACUUUUAAAAUCCAGAAAGGAAAUCCAGGGAGAUUUUACCCGUUUGUCUUCAGUGACACUAUGGGUCUUCAGAAGGGCUCUAACAAAGGAGUUCAUGUAGAAGACAUCAAACUGGUCAUGAAGGGACACGUAAGAGAAGGUUACAAGUUCGAUCCCAGGUCCACCUUGUCUGAGAGUGAUGAAAAAUACAACGAAUCCCCGACUCUUGAUGACCAAGUUCAUGUUCUGGUUUGUGUUGUUUCUGCCACCACACUGAGCCUAAUGGAUGACAACUCUGUGCAGAAGAUAAGGGAGGUCAGAGAAGCAGCCAGUGACAUCGGGAUUCCCCAAAUUGCUGUUCUCACUAAAGUUGAUGAAGCCUGUCCUGAGGUCAAAAAGGAUGUGAAGAAUGUCUACAAGAGCAAGUACCUGAAGCAACAGGUGGACCAAUUGAGUGUGAUGCUGGGUUUCCCACUGAACUGCAUCUUUAUGGUGAAGAACUACAGCUCAGAAACCGAGACAAAUGACGACACCGACACACUGAUACUGAACACUCUGAGAAGGAUCAUUGACUGUGGAGAGGAUUACCUGAAUGACACAGCACCUUAAAACUACUGAGGCACAUGGAAACACUUGUAAGACUACAGAAACUUCAAAGAUGAUUUAAUUUUCUGAAGAAACAUUAAACAUUUUCGUAAUUCCAAUAAGUUACUUUUAAGGGACUUUCCGUGUUGGUUUUACUUUGUCAUAAUCAGAAUAGUCUGGUUCAUUAAGAUCUUUAGCCUGGAAUUUUGCUGUUUUACAAAUUAGUUGGGGGGAGAGGAGGGAUAUAUUGUAUAAUCUAUCAGUAUACCUAACAGGGUACAUGCUAGAUAUCACGUUUUUGUCAUCUAUUGUCUUGCUGAAUAUAUCCACUGUCAUAGAAAUCACUGAAAUAAAAUGUAUUUGUAAAAUUUCUCAAUCACUGUGAAAUCAUCUGGAAAGACCACUGCAACCUUUGAUAUAAGAGCCAGUAUUCAUCUACUCUUUAUGAUGAGAAGUCACUGUGGUGUCUUUGUUUUUUUGAUUCAUAGCACAGCCUACAACGAUAAGGAGACACAUCUUGAUGUUGUACAUUUAUGGUGGGAGCAGGGUGGCUGAAGUGACUCUGAUGUGUGCAGCACCAUGAUUUCAAUAAAUAUAUUCACUGAAGGCAA